AUGCCCGGUACGAUUGCAGUCCUUAGGACGAGCCCAGUUCGAGUUGGGGGACAGGUGGACGAGUCGCAAGCUUAUUUUCACCGACUGUUCUGGACGUUUCCUCCAUGUAUCGAGGCAUUUCGUCAUUGCAAGCCGUUGGUCAGUAUUGAUGGCACCCAUCUGUAUGGCAAGUAUGGCGGAACAUUGCUCGUCGUGAUUGCACAGGAUGGAAACUCCAACAUUCUGCCUGUUGCAUUUGCCCUAGUUAAGGGCAACGGCAUUAAGGCUGCCCUUGAGGCUCCAGACGGAGGAUGGCUACCUCCAGUUGCCUACCGCGCAUUCUGUAUUCGACAUGUGGCAGCAAAUUUUGCCCUGACCUUCAAGGGCAAGGACGCAAGGAGACUACUUGUGAAUGCAGCAUAUGCUAAGACCGAGGUGGAGUUUGAUUACUGGUUCGAUAUUCUGCGGUCUGAAGACCCAGCCAUGUGUGAGUGGGCGAACCGGAUUGAGUAUUCGUUGUGGACACAGCAUCGUGAUGAGGGUCGAAGAUUUGGGCACAUGAAGACAAAUAUCUCUGAGUGUGUUAAUUCAAACCUCAAGGGGGUCAGGAAUCUCCCUGUGUACUCGCUGGUCAAGGCAACUUACGAAAGGUUGGCCGAACUAUUCAUCCGCAAGGGGAGAGUGGCUGAGGCCCAGCUGGGCAUCGGACAACAGUUCAGUCAACACCUGAUCAAGUGUAUCGAGGCCAAUCUGAAGACGGUGAGGUGCUUCACAGUGACGUUGUACCACAGAGAUAACUUCGAGUUCACCGUUGCGGAGACAACGCCUACUGGUACGUUCUCACUGGGUACCUACAGGGUCUCACUUGCGAAUCAGACAUGUGAUUGCGAAUACUUUCAGGCACUUCAUUUCUCGUGUCCUCACGCCCUGGCAUGCUAUGCCUAUUCACGGCUAACUUGGCAGCCGUAUGUACACCAGAUGUAUCGUCUUAGUUCGGUCUUCAGUGUGUAUCGGAUGGGGUUCACACCUCCCAUUCCUGAGGGUUUUUGGCCACCGUACGAUGGGCCGACAGUGAUCCCAGACCCGAACAAGAGGCGUGCGAAGGAGGGACGUCCAAGGUCCACCAGGAUACUGACCACUAUGGACGAGGCAGAUCUGAAUAGGCUGAAGAGAUGUGGCCUCUGUCGGCAGCUCGGACACACACGUCAGAAUUGUCCACAGCUCGGAGGACCAAGCCAGACAAGAACACAUGAGUAG